GGGAGGAAGGACGGCUCUAGAGCACCUUUCCUAGAAAGCUGGCCUCUUCUGGCUGUUGGGAAAGGACGGACGGUCUUACCGCUGGCGCCGCACAUCUGGCGGGGAGGGAGCGGCAGCGGUCGUCUUACUUCUACUUUCACUUUUGUCCGGCGAGGGCGACCAGGAGAAAAGAGGAAACUGGCGUUUGUUUCAGAACAAAAAACAGUUCCUGUUCUCCUGGAAAUUCAGAGUGGCUCAUUUUCUCUUCCAGCCGUUUCUUGGAAUAGGGCCCCUGAAAUGUCUGACAGUGUCAAAUGCAAACUGGCAGAUUAUCUUGAAGAUCUGCUAGUGAAAGAAUUCAGUAAAUUUAAGAUGCACCUGGAAGAAUACCCGCUGGAGGAUGGCUACAAACGCAUUCAGCGCCGCAAAACUGAGAAGGCCGAUGCCAUAGAUAUAGCACGGCUCAUGGUGAACGCGUAUGAAGAGCGGAAGGCCUUGCAGAUGACGGUCAACAUCUUUGACAAAAUAAACAGGAAAGAUCUGUCAGAAAGCGUCCGAAGAGAGAUGCCCAUUUAUUUUCAUCAGCCUGCAAGACCCUUGACUGAGGAAGAAGAAAGACAACGGGAAGAGAAAAUACUCUCAAACCUCCAUGACAAAUUAUUUGGGACACAAAAGAAAGUGGAGGUGACGCUGGAUCCCCAGACAGCCUUCCCCACCCUCAUCCUUUCUGAAGACCGAAAAAGUGUAUACCUGGGUAGCCGAGCCCAGCCUCUGCCUGACAACCCUGAGCGCUUCAACGUUUUGCCAUGUGUCCUGGGAGCAGAAGGCAUUGGCACGGGAACUGUAGAAUGGGUGGUGGAGGUUGGCAAAGCCAAAGGCUGGGCCAUUGGUGCAGUCCGGAAAUCAAUAGAUAGAAAAGGGUACCAGUACAUCACUGCUACAAAAGGGUACUGGGUGUUGGAGCUGAAUGAUGGAAAAUACAGGGCCUCUACCACACCUUCGACUCAUCUAAUCCUGUGGAAAUCACCACGACGGAUCAAAGUACACCUUGAGUAUGAUUUUUUCAUCCUUUCCUUUUAUGAUGCUGACUCCAUGGAGCAUCUCUUUACCUUCAACUAUCCGUUCUCUGAGGUUAUCAUUCCCUUUUUCCAGGUCUGGGACACAGAGAUUCCUCUGAAAAUUUGCCCACUUGAUUAAUAGGGGCUCAAAAUAACUUGGACUGGGACUACAUGGCUAAAUACAGUAGGACCCCUGUAUCGGCGAGAUCUAUAUCCACAGUUUCACUUAUCCAUGGUCUGAAAAUACAGUAUUAAAAAUACUGUAUUAAAAAGAUCCAGAAAAGGCUAUUUUUCACAUGUAUUACCAUAACAGGCCACCAGAAGGAGCCAGAAACUAUUUUAGGAAUACUUGUUAGUGAAGAAUACAUUGCAUGGUCCUUAGCACCCUCUAGAUAGUUCUGGUAACACAUGUGAAAAUAUAUUUUUCCUUUUUUUCCCUUUUAUCAUGUGUUUUAUAUACAGUGGAACCUCUACUUAAGAACU